CACUUCGAGCACCGCAUUUUAAGAAAUAUUAAAUAUUUUAAUAAAAUAACUCCUAAAAAUGUCGAAAACUCGUCCAAAAUGGACAGAAUUGGAUAAACCACUGAACGAAUCAAUACUAAAUGUAUUGAAACGUCUUCAAUUCAAACGAGCGACGCCAGUUCAGGCAGCAACAAUUCCUCUGUUACUUUCGUGCAAAGAUGUAGCAACAGAAGCUGUGACUGGUUCAGGAAAGACCUUAGCCUUUUUAAUUCCCAUGCUGGAACUCCUGUUAAAACGCGAUACUCCAUGGAAGAAGAGUGAAGUUGGUGCCAUUGUCAUUUCUCCAACGCGUGAACUUGCAACACAAACUAGCUCCGUUCUCGAUGAAUUCCUAAAGGAAGAAAAACUGUCGCAUUUCACCCAAAGACUCCUCGUAGGCGGUAACAGCGUCGAAGAAGACGUAAAUAUCAUCAAACGAAAAGGCGCCCAAAUUUUAAUUUGCACUCCGGGACGAAUGCAAGACCUUUUAGAGCGAAAAUGUGACUUGAAUAUGCCAGGACGAGUCAAAUCUUUGGAAUUAUUGGUCCUUGACGAGGCAGAUCGCUUGUUAGACUUGGGCUUUGAGGCAACACUCAACACAAUUUUCAGUUAUUUGCCACGCCAGCGACGAACAGGACUUUUUUCGGCAACGCAAACGAAGGAAGUGGCAGAUCUCAUGAGAGCGGGUCUCCGAAAUCCGGUGUUGGUAUGUGUGAAAGAAAAGGCGGCUCAAAGUACGCCAAAAUUGCUGCAGAAUUAUUUCGCGAUCGUUGAGCCGGAAGAGAAACUAAAAUAUUUGCUGCAAUUCAUCAAAGCGAACGACAUCCAAAAAUCCCUUUUGUUCCUGCCGACAUGUGCCUGCGUCGAAUACUGGGGUCUCGUGCUGCCACAUCUACUCGCGGCACAGGGACAAACGAUCAAAGUUUUCGCGUUGCAUGGCAAGAUGAAACAACGUCGGGGAAAAAUCUUACAGAAAUUCCGCGACACGGAAAAUGCAAUGUUGCUUUGCACGGAUGUCCUGGCACGUGGCGUCGAUAUUCCCGAAAUUGAUUGGGUGCUGCAAUGGGAUCCGCCAUCGAGUGCAGCUGCUUUUGUGCAUCGCGUUGGACGAACAGCGAGACAAGGCAACGAAGGAAAUGCCUUAAUAUUGCUUUUACCAUCGGAAGAUGCUUACACGACGUUUUUGGAGAAGAAUCAAAAGGUGAAACUGAUACCGGCCAGUAUCGAAUUCGAUCCGCAACAAGAAAUAAAUAAAAUAAUUCACGAUUUGCAACUGAAAGAUCGAAGUAUCAUCGAUAAGGGAACACGAGCAUUCGUUUCGCACAUUCGCGCGUAUUCCAAACACGAGUGUAAUUUAAUUUUGCGUCUCAAAGACUUGGAUUUGGGGAAAAUAGCAACAAGUUACGGGAUGUUAAAGUUACCUAAGAUGCCCGAAAUGAAAGAAGAGUUCCAAGAAACGUUCGUAAGUCCAUUCAAAGACCUGGAUUUAAACACUUUACAAUACAAAGACAAGCAGAAACAAGCAUCGUAUGACAAAAAGUUGGAAAUUUAUCAAGAAACGGGAGAAUGGCCGGGCAAGAAAAUUCACAAAAAGAAGACUGUUGCAUGGGACAAGGCGAAAAAGGAGCGAAUAGACAAAAAGGAAUUGAAAAAACGAAGAAAAGACGCGAGAAAUUUGAAAAAAGAAAAGAAAGCUGCCGACGAAGCUCCCAAAAAGAAACGAAAAAACAAAUUUACUGAAGAGGAAAUUGAGGAACUGAAACGAGACAUCGCAAGUAUCAAAAAAUUCAAGAAACAAAAGAUAAGUCAAGCGGAGUUAGAUGAAGAAAUGGGCUUCAGUGGUGAUGAAUAAUAAAGAAAAAUCAAUUUUUAUAACUAUAAAAGUAUAAUUUUUUAAAAAUUAUUCUAA